UUUAACGCCUGUAUUCCCGGUAACAAAUUGCUACGCCACGUGCCUUUUUAACAUGAAUACGGACACACAUAUCAAGAAUGAGAACGGGACCAAUACCUCUCUCCCUUGUAACUUCAUGGAUAAAACAAUUGCAGACAUUUGUAGGACCAUCGUCUGCGCUCUUAUCCUGACAACAUCGAUGAUUGGUAACACAAUGGUUGCCAUUGUCGUUUACCGAGACCGAAAAAUGAGAACUACAGUAAAUUUUCUGAUAGUUAACAUGGCUGUUUCUGAUUUCCUGUGCUCAGUUGUCGUUAUUCCAAGGGUCUUGACUGAGAUUCACACCUACCAUGGAUCUUGGUUGAUUAGGGGAACUACAGGUCUAGUGUUAUGCAAGGUGGUGCACUUUUUACAAGAUGUCACCGUGGCUGUGUCAUUGUUGACGCUGCUCGUGAUUGCUAUUGAACGUUACAACGCCAUCUCUUGUCCAUUCCUUCUUGAUACCAUUCCAAAGAAACGGUGUGCGGUGAUGAUACUGUCUACCUGGGUUCUAGCUUUUUUGAUGUAUAUAACGAAUUUUUUCACAUUUGAAUUUUCCAUUGUGGAAGAAGGUCCAUCAUGUCAUCAUAGCUGGGACCGGUUGGUAUCAGAUCCGAAAAAGGCGACAGAAAUAGAAUCCCUUGUCCACACGAUUAUGGCUUUGAUGAUUCCUUUCGUCGUCGUGAUCGCCUUUUACACCGUAAUUCUUAUUAGAAUCAAGAGAACGCCGGUUCCUGGUGAUCAAACUUCGAUUGGACGAAGGCGAAAACGAAGGCGCGACAGAAACAUCCUUAACAUAUUGCUAGCAAUCGUCCUUGCAUUCGGUUUCUGCUGGUUUCCAUUUAUAGUUUACACGUAUUUGGUAACUUACAUUUGGAUAAAGAAGGACUUAAACAUAGAAAUUCCUUGUUACAUGGAAACCUUUGGAGAAUGGGCGCUCUAUUUGACAUUUCUAAAUUCGUCGGUAAAUCCUGUCAUUUACUUUACCUUUUGUGAAAACUAUCGAAAUGGACUCUACAAACUUUUUUGGUCAUGUUUGUCACCUUUUAGUGACAAAUAUGCUCCAUCAAGGGUUCAAGCUGGUGUAUACCGGAGCAAUAGAAGGGUGCCUCGGGAUGAGAAAGAGUACAUUCAUUUGCAAGUUCAAAAUCCUUGAUAUUUCAAAACAUUUAUCAUCGCUAUGGCAAAAUCUCGAAGAUGAGCGCCAUAUAACAGAGACAUUUCAUAUUCUCCUGGAAAGAGCUCUUAUAGAAGGUUGCGAAAAAAAUUCAAGAAACCAGAAAAACGAUUAAUUUGAAUUCAUAUCUCUUUAUGAAUUUAAACUUUAGAAAAAAAUAUAUCCGUACAAAUAUUGAUUCACAGGUAACAUGACACUGCGAAAUUAUGAAACAUAUUGAGAAGACAAACGUGUUACUGGGAAUCACUAUCUAUUUCGUUAGCUCCUUUUUUUUCCCUACAAAUUUUAGCUAUAAAAUACAGCUUCUAAAACUCAUUGAUCUUGGGAUGAAAUAUAAUCCUGCAGGAUAAUUAAGGUGAAGUUGACAUUUAGUUUCCACAAAAGUUAUGAAAUGAUAAGUGCGGCCAGAUGAAGCAAAUAUCUUGCAGCCAUUAGCCGUUCAGUUGAUUUGAUGAUCUCACUUUUCAGAGUUUCCCGCAAGGUUUUCCUCGAUCCUUUUGCUUUUAAAAAAGCGAAAAAGCGUAUUUCACGUGCGAAGCGAAAUAAGAGAAACGAGUGGCAAAAUUAUAUUUAGGCGAAAGGAGUAAUUGAUAGAAUGAUUUCUAGCAAAUUAAAUAUGACAGGUGUUUAUGAAUCCGAGGUGAGAC